AUCAGCCCACCUUUUAGUUUGUCUGUUUCACAACCAAAUAAAAACAUUCACUGCUUGCUACUCAAAUUUAUCUUCUUUUUCUUCUCCUUGCUUCUACUUCUACUUCUCCUCGCGUUUUCAUUUUAUUUCACCUGAAAAUCCUCAACUAUAUUUUGUGGGCAUUUAAUUUUUCCUUGCUUUUAUUGGAAAAGCUAAAGUUUCUUCAUCUGGGAAGUCCAAUUUUGUGACAUUUGCUGGUGGAAACUAAUUUUUAAUAUAUGGAAACAUCAAUUAAAAUUUCCAGUAUUUAGAGAUUGCUGACAAGCUAGCUCACUGAUCAUGUCUACUGAUUCGUCGAAUUCUCCUAAAAGUCGUGGAGAGAAGAUAAGUUGUUUUACUGAGGCUUCUGACACUGAAAAGUGGCUUUGGGCAUGUAUUCAUUCCAAAGGAGUGCUUCAUAAUGAUGUGAAAAAUCUAUACCAUAAGGCUUGUUGUAUGUAUGAGAAACUCUUCCUGAAUGAUAGUGAAUUACACGAGCUUCAAAACAUUGAAUAUCUCUUAUGGAGGCUUCAUUACAAACACAUUGAUGAAUUUCGCAAGAGGAUAUCUGAAAGUUCAGCUAAGUUAGUACACAUGGAAGGUUUCAGAUCAUUUUUAUCAGACGCGACUAAAUUUUAUCAAGAUUUAAUCAGAAAGAUUAAAAGAUUUUAUGGCCUUGUCGAUGAGCCUUGGUUUUAUAAGAAUGAUGGGGUUUCUGGUCGUAUAGAAUGGAAAGAAUUGCAUAAGUGUCAAUUUGUUAUUCAUCGUCUUUGUAUCUGUCUUGGGGAUCUUGCACGAUAUCAGGAAGUGUAUGAAAAGCCUAACAAUCAGCAAAGAAACUGGUCUAUUGCUGCAAGUUACUACUUGGAAGCAGCUAAGAUUUACCCUGAUGGGGGAAACCCCCAAAAUCAGUUGGCAGUGCUGGCAACAUAUAUUGGGGAUGAAUUCCUUGCUUUAUACCAUUGUAUUAGAAGUCUUGCUGUUAAAGAACCUUUCCAAGAUGCCUUACAAAACCUAAUGUUAUUGUUUGAAAGGAAUACGUCAAUUAACAUGGUUUCUCAGUCAAAUGAGGUGUAUGAUUUUUGUAAACCAUCUGAGUGGAUUUCCAGCCAUAAUAAAGCAGCACCUGCCAAUGGUACUUACUUGAAUAACACAAAAUCAAACGACAUUGAACGUGAUCAAUCUAUGCCGACUUAUCUCUGGACUCUUAUUAUUAGAACGACUAGUUUCUUCUUCUUAGAUUCCAGUUUGGAAAGCUUCCCUUCCACAUUUAGUUCCACUUUAAGAGAACUGGAAGCGUUGUUGGCAGUGGAUGUGGUCAAACUAAGCUCCGCAUUAGAAUCUUACCAGAACAUGAACUUAGCCAAGGCAGGUCCAUAUCGAUCCCUGCACAUUAUUUCAGUCUUACUUUUCAUCAUCCACAAUUUAACUAAAAAUCCAGAGCUGAAGAUACUGAAGCCAAAAAAUGAGAUGCAACAAACCAUGCUAAUAAACUUUGCUUUGACUGUUACAUUCACAUUCAUGGGCCGCUUUAUUGAUCGAUGUUUAAAGGGAAGUCCAGUGAUUUACUUCCCUCUUUUACCCGCUUUGCUUGUGUUUGUGGAGUGGUUGGUGGGUGAAGUCGAUGUAGCUGACAGUGCUGAUGAGAAGUGUGAUAGUGCAAGGUGCUACUUCUUUGGCUCCUUCGUAAACCUCCUGAAAAUUCUCCAAGAAAACAGGGCUAAAAUCACCUUUCCUAAUCAUAUAGCUUUAUGGGAAGAUUAUGAAUUGAGGGGAUUCACACCUGUAUCUCAUACUCAUGACACAUUGGAUUUCUCUAGUCAUUGGGAAGAAGAAAUUAAUUAUAAAAUGAAGAAUGAAUAUCGGGCACACCGUAUCGUUCAAGCUGCAAUCAAGAUUGCAAAGAGAUCAAAUGGUAGCAUAAGAAAAUGGCUAUUCUAUGAUGAUGUUAGUCACAAGUUUAGUACAAUCACAAUGGAGACAAAAGGCAGACAAGAACCAGCUAUGGUGGAAGAAGAAGAAGACAUUGUUUUCAAGCCAAUCAUUCGGCAUAAUUCAGAACCUUUAAAAAUGAAAGACCAACCAAAAUCAGAAGAAGCAUCUGAUGAAUGCUUACGGCGUGCCUCUUCACUUCUUGUAGCACAAAAUGAGCAUCGUCUGAAAAGUACUUCAGCAAUGACCACACAAUCCGAGACUCCCACAACGAUAGCUGCUGGACCCCCAUCACUGAGUUCAUGGGUUCUAAAUGGGGAGAGGUUAUCCAAUGAAAGAACUAAAGGUAAAGAUGCUUAUAGAAGUGUAUUGAAACCCAUUGCAGAGGUAGCUUCAGAUGAGUUGGUCAGAGGUCUUUCUCUGUCAACCAAUCACAGCUCUGGCAGUACUUCUCUAGUAGCAUCUCCCUCUUCUUACUCGGCUCCCUCGCCCUCUGCUUCAUUGUUACCCAGAAAUCCAGUUUGGCUCAUCAAUGCUGCAGCUCCUCCACCAUCGACUUUUGUGGAUUCAUCAGGAGUGAAUUUUUCUUCAUAUCCCUCAGAUUUUCAUCAAGCAAGCUCGAGUUUCCCUAGCUUAAUCGAUCAUUCUUCACCAUGGAGCAGGCCUCAAUCUCCAAACCACGCAAUACACGAUCACUACGCUGCAACCAUGUACGUUGAAGGGGGUCCUCCGUUAUUUCUUCCAAGCUCUUCACUUCUUCAUGGAUUACAGGAUCAUCCCCAGAGAGUAAAACCUUAUGCUCCGCCUGUAAUGACAGAAACGAGACUAGAGCCACGGCCACUUCUGCAGUACCUCAAGGAAAGAGAGUGGCAGCUGCAGCAGCAGCCACCAUUCACAGGUUCUCCUUAUAUGCAAAACUGAUGCAUCCAAAAGGGUGAUUAUUAUGAAUUAUAAAGAGUUCAAUCAAAGGGAAUGCUAGUAAUUAGUGCAGUAUCUGAUUGAUGAGCUUUUUCCAAUUUCUAUGUAACUUUAUUCGUUUAACUCACACGUAGAGUGUUAUAUCAAAAAUGCAUAUGAUGUACAUAAUUAACAAA